AUGAGUAGAGACGAGAAAAUGAACUUCAGGCAUCCAGUCUCUGACCAGGGCGGUCCUAGCCGACUGGUCGACUCGUGCCCAACGAAACCCCUCCAAAGGAUUUCCCAUCAGCUACCCCAAGAGUUGAACUACCAGCCAUGGAACGACGCGGAGAAGUAUCGGCCAUAUCAGCUAGGAUCAGGGAUUUACCCUUACCCAAAACCGCAAGGCCCUGACAAAAUCUAUUGUCCAGUACCGCGCCGCGUGUCCGGGUCGUCCCCAAAGAAGAGAACUGGGACUGAUACUGGCAGCGUGGAAGAUAAUGUCCAUCAUAGCAAACCUGUUGCCCAAGUUCUUGGAAGCCGCCUUCUGGACGGAGUACGUCAAGCUCUGGAACCCAUCAAUCCAGGGCACCGUGCUAAGCCCGGAAAACCUGCGAAGAAGUUCCCAUCUCUACCCACGACGACUUUUGGUCCUACGUACCAGGUGGCCAACCUCGACUCGACACGCAAGAAUCAGCAGGAGCCAAAAGUUCCCUUGCCCGAGGAACUUGAAUCAGUCUCGGGUCUCUCGAAUGAUUUCAUGGCGCGGCAUAGAGAGCUCCGAUUGUGCCACAACGGCGUACUUGAAUCGACUGUCGAGUUUUAUUAUACUUGCUGGAUCGACAAACCUUUCACAGCUGUCCUUGGUCACAUCGAAAAUGUGUACGGCCCCUCACGUCCUGUUCUAGACGGCAUCGAGUAUUGGAAAAAUCAGUUUUCAAGAGCAUUUCCCGCCUCCGUCCAGUACCUGAUGAGAAAUAUUCUUAUCAAGCUUCAUGGGAAGUUCAUGAGUCAAAUCCAUUCCCGGUGUAUCCUUCAAAAUGGAUCCAUGACCAACGUCAAUGGAAUUGCUGAGCCCUUGACGUCAAAAGCUUUCCUCCGGGUUUUCUUUCGCGAGUUCUUUGAAGACCUCUUCUCCCAGAGACUACCUGUUCUGUCUCAAAUCCAAACACUCAUCUGGGCUCAUUACCCAACUCUCAAUCCCGAGUUUCUUCCAUAUUCAGUACGCACUGCAAUUGGCAAUGUGAUUUUUGAGCUGAUGAACCAGUUGAUCACUGUCAAUGGUUGCUCUGUAAUCAAGAGUCUGGUUGACGCUGCAAGCACUUUUGGGCUUCUCCAAGCCGAUAAUGACACAGCCGACCAACUUUUGGCAGCAACCAGCAAAGACGCCAAACCUUGGACAAUUUCCCUUCCAGGUUUUCACGUUUACUAUCCACUGACGCCAAAUUCGGGCCGUUGUAGUGACGGAGACACUGCUCGUACUGCUGGCUUGAAAGCCCGCAACGGAGUCAAUGGCGACGUCAGGGAUCACGAGGCACAUUUAAAGAAUGAGAAAACUGUGCAUGCAGUCCUAGAGUCCAUGUGUCUCAAUCAAAAGAAGAUUCUCGAGGAGCACGAGAAGAGAUUCCAGGAUCGAGUAAACGUAUUCCAGAAUCAAGUGAAGGAAUUCAACAAGACGAUGGAGCAAAUUCUCAAGGACCGCUGUAUGGAGGCAACAAACAACGAAUCCACAACCGACGAUGAUGACUCCUGUUUUGUGGAACAAAAGAAGCAGAUCGAAGACAUUAAGAAGGCACUUGAAAAAGGCAAAGGGAAACCGUUGCCUGCGGUCAAAAGCCUCACCAAGACACCCCUCGGCCACGACUCUCAAGCAUCCGGGACUGCGCAAACUGGUACCAGUACUAAAACCAGUGGAGAAAGCAAUACGCAAGAUUCGGAUUUUGGGGUGACAGGAUCUGCAGAUUUCCAAUCGGCACGGGGCACCACCAAGUCGUCAGUUUCUGCAUCUGACAAUGGCGGGACGAAAAGCAAAGACGACUCGCAAUUCUCUAGCAGUCAGUCGGGCCCUUCAGAAAAUUCAAUCUCUAGGGUGUUUAAUCGCAUCCGCUCCAUUCGCCGCCAGAAUCAAAGAGCCAGAGAUUAUUCUGGAUUAGAAGCGAAUCAAACCAUGUUUGGUGGCGUUUCGGAAUGGAGGGACAGCAAUGAUGAUGAUGACUGGGGGUUAUCGAUGGAUGAACAUGCGUCAAAUGACGAGGGCGAGAGUUUUGGAAUGGGCACGAGAUCAAAGGCAUGA